AGAUAUUCGAAGUAUUCACUUCAAAGGGAAGAUGGAGAUCAAAGACUUCGUCCUCAUCAUCUCCAUCUUCUAUAUCUUGCAAAGCUCUUCUUCUAUCAGGCCUCAUAACAGCUCACCGGCAGCACCGGACGCCGCUUCAUCGACACCGGCCGCAGGUUCGUCGACGCCCGUUGCGCGAAUGAGAGUACAAUUACAAACCCCAAUUCACCAGACGCCGGCGAAGAAUCACCCGAAUCACCAUACGGAAGUAGCGAUAAUUCGCCAAUCGAACCGGCAUCGGGCCCGUCCGAGCAGUUCUCGUUUGUUAAUCCAAUGCCCGCUAGCAAUCCACCCGGGCUGGACAUAAUCUGCGGAGCCAUCAAGCUGCCCGUCGAUUGCAUGAAACUCAUCUCCCCGUUCGUAAACAGAAGCAUCACGAUCGAGCCCCUGAGCAUCGCGAAGGUGGGGAUUCAAGUGUCGACCGACAUGUCAAAGCAAGCGAUCGACACGGCCACCAGGUUCAUGGAUGAUCCGAAAUCGUCGGCGAGCCUGAAAGAGGCCAUGUCCACGUGCCUGGAAAACUACCAAGACAUCCCCGACGACAACGACCUUGCGCUCCAAGCUCUCGACAAAUGCAACACCAACGAGGCCGCGAUCAAGCUGAGUUCCAGCCUGACCAGCGUGGCUACCUGUCUCGAUGGAAACCAGCAAAUGCGCAUCACGUCGCCGAUGAGGGACAUGGAAACGGAGCUUGAGAGACUGCUUCAAAUCACCCUUACCAUUGUUUCCGAUUUGGUCAAAUUUUAGUCGAACGAAACGCCCACUAAAAGUCUAGGUAAAAUAAAAAUAAACAAAAUAAUUCUAAC